AUGCCAGCCGCACAACCCACCCAGCUCACUCAGUCCACUAGGAAGCCCGCUGCUCGCCUUCCAGACCCCCUUUAUCCUAUCCCCAAACAUUAUAAGACGAUAGAUGAAAGCUGCCCGAAACAAAGGGAACUCCCUCCCGACUACAAACCAGACCAUCAAGCAAUCGCGAGGAAAUCUGCAACCUACCGCGCGCCCGGGAAACUCUUCUAUGGUUUCGGCCUCAAAUUCCAGGACCUCACCGAUUACGCUGAAGAGCAUUCACUCUUCGACCCCCCUCGUCCAGUCUUCCAUCGGCCUAUUGACCUGGAAAAUGCCGUGGAUAGAUACACUUACGCUAGCGUCUUUGGUUUGCACCACUUGAGGUUCCAUUGCGGCUUUCAGGGCCUUGAAAUUGCUACGCCAAUCUCUCCCGAAUACCAGAUCGGGCUCAUGUUGUACGAUAACUAUACGAUCGACGAGUUCAAGUUGGAGAGAGAACAGGAAGAGAAUGUCGUUCGUAUCUUGAAAGAGGAGAUUCCGGUUUUCAGGACGCAGAAUCCGAGGUGGUUCUUUGAUCGCUACGAUGACAAGAACGGUGCCUGGUUAGAUUAG